AUGGAGGCGUCUUUGGGGAUUCAGAUGGAUGAACCAAUGGCUUUUUCUCCCCAGCGUGACCAGAUUCAGGUGGAUGGCUCCUUAAAAAAACAUGAGCAGAAUUUUAAACUACCAGGUGUUAAAAAAGAUAUUGAGAAGCUUUAUGAAGCUGUACCACAGCUUGGUAAUCUGUUUAAGAUUAAGGACAAAAUUGGAGAAGGCACUUUUAGCUCUGUUUAUUUGGCCACAGCACAGUUACAAGUAGGACCUGAAGAGAAAAUUGCUCUAAAACACUUAAUUCCAACAAGUCAUCCUAUAAGAAUUGCAGCUGAACUUCAGUGCCUAACAGUGGCUGGGGGGCAAGACAAUGUCAUGGGAGUUAAAUACUGCUUUAGGAAAAAUGAUCAUGUGGUUAUUGCUAUGCCGUAUCUGGAGCAUGAGUCCUUUUUGGACAUUUUGAAUUCUCUUUCCUUUCAAGAAGUACGGGAAUAUAUGUUUAAUCUGUUCAAAGCUUUGAAACGCAUUCAUCAGUUUGGUAUUGUUCACCGUGAUGUUAAACCCAGCAAUUUUUUAUAUAAUAGGCGCCUGAAAAAGUACGCAUUGGUAGACUUUGGUUUGGCCCAAGGAACCCAUGAUACGAAAAUAGAGCUUCUCAAAUUUGUCCAGUCUGAAGCUCAGCAGGAAAGUUGUUCACAAAAUAAAUCCCAUGUAAUCACAGGAAACAAGAUUUCAUUGAGUGGCCCAGCAGCACCUAAGGAGUUGGAUCAGCAGUCCACCAUGAAAACUUCUGUUAAAAGGCCCUACACAAAUGCACAAAGUCAGAUUAAACAAGGAAAAGAUGGAAAGGAGGGAUCUGUAGGCCUUUCUGUCCAGCGCUCUGUUUUUGGAGAAAGAAAUUUCAAUAUACACAGCUCCAUUUCACAUGAGAGCCCUGCAGUGAAACUUAUGAAGCAGUCAAAGACUGGGGAUGUACUAUCUAGAAAGUUAGCAACAAAAAAGAAGGCUAUUUCUACAAAAGUUAUGAAUAGUGGUGUGAUGAGGAAAACUGCCAGUUCUUGCCCAGCUAGCCUGACCUGUGACUGUUAUGCAACAGAUAAAGUUUGCAGUAUUUGCCUUUCAAGGAGGCAACAGGUUGCCCCUAGGGCAGGUACACCGGGAUUCAGAGCACCAGAGGUUUUGACAAAGUGCCCCAAUCAAACUACAGCAAUUGACAUGUGGUCUGCAGGUGUCAUAUUCCUUUCUUUGCUUAGUGGGCGAUAUCCAUUUUAUAAAGCAAGUGAUGAUUUAACGGCUUUGGCUCAAAUUAUGACAAUUCGUGGAUCCAGGGAAACUAUCCAAGCUGCUAAAACUUUUGGCAAAUCAAUAUUGUGUAGCAAAGAAGUCCCAGCACAAGACUUGAGAAAACUCUGUGAGAAGCUCAGAGGUAUCGAUUCUAAGACUCCCAAAUUAACAAGUGAUAUACAGGGGCUUGCUUCUCGUGACCCAACUUUUUCAGAGAAGAUUGACCAUAAAGCCUCUCACCUUAUACAAACACCUCAAGCACAGCACUCAGGGAAUUCCUUGUAUAAAGGGGACAGUAAUGGCUGUGGGGGUAGUUUGAAUACGGAUACUACCGAUUUAGAAGGCUGGAAUGAGGUACCUGAUGAAGCUUACGACCUGCUUGAUAAACUUCUAGAUCUAAAUCCAGCUUCAAGAAUAACAGCAGAAGAGGCUUUGUUGCACCCUUUUUUUAAAGAUAUGAGCUUGUGAUUAUCGUUCAUCAUGUAAUGUUUGAUGUUUUGUGUUAUGAGACGGGGUGAAAAAGAGUUCUUUGUAAUAGCUGUAACUUCUUGAUUGGAGACCAGGGCAAGCAGGAUGAAUAAUUUAUUUUAAAAUUUCAGUAUUUGCUCUUUGGCAGAUUCUAAAAUAUGGAUUAAGAUUACUUAAAAUGCCUGGGAUAGUUCUUUGGGCUAACUACGUGAUCUUUGAGUUAGAUCUACCCAAGUAGAAUCAGAUCUUUAGCUUCCCUAAUUACUUGUCACUGCCAUACACAGAAAAAGAAGCUGUUUCAGCCUAGUACAUAGGAGUUUCAGGUGUAAGUCUUAAAAUUAAUGGAUGUGAUCAGGACUAAAUGAGUCAAAAGAUGUUACUGGUUUCUUUAAACUGUGAGCUAUGUGUACUUCUGGAAAACUCAACCUGGUGCUGGUGCUCUAACCAUUCUGUAGGUAAAGGAGAUCAUUUCCUCUUCUAGAGACAUAUACUUCCGAACACUAAAACAAUUAAUGAGAAAAUGUUGGGGGUAAUAUCACUUAAAAUUGAAUUUAUCCAUUUUUCAAAGUAUUUUGUUAAAGCAUAUUUUGUGUGAAUUGCCAUGUUUUUCUUAAUGGUUUCUCUCUUGAUUUUUCCACUUUUUCUUUCCCCACCUAACACAUUCUCCUUGGAAAUAAUAUGGUGCUUUCCACAAAGUUUCUGGGUCUUUGUUAAAUAUUGCAUGUGUUUACAGUUGGGAAUUCACUGUGUACACUGGUUGUUUAAAGGGAAGCUGCAGAGCCAAGGUGAAUACUGAUAUCCAAAAUGGUUUUCUUUUUCUCGCCGUCUUAGGUGUAAUUAGGUAGCUGGCUAAAAGGAAAAAUAAAUACAACCUUGAGAAUAUUGUUGGAGAUUUUUUUCCUCUGCAUAGUGUCAUCAGGAUCUCUGUAUUCUGUUAUAACUAAAUUGGUCCUGCUCAGAGAAGGUUGAUUACUAGAGUCUUGGGUGUGUUGGGAAGAGAGAGAUAAGUGGGUAAAGUAGAAGAGGACCAGAGAUGGAGGCUUACUAUAUUCCAAAAUGAUAAAUAUCAUUGACAAUAUAUCAAACUCUUUCUGUGGGAGAUAAGUCUAGGGGUGUAUGGAUCUGCUGAGAAGUUUCCCAUUUAGUAGGGAUAGAGUAUAGAAACAGCCUAGGGAUAUAAAACAUACAUUGUUAUUUUGUGCAUUCAAGUCAGUAUGUCCACCUACUCUCUUUGGUAAGUAUAGUAUAUACAGAAACCACUACCGCUGAUGUGCUGUCCUCUCAUACUGUAAUCUUUAAAAACAACAAAACUUGAAUGUUCUUGAAUUUAUAUGUUUAAUAAAGUUAUUCUUUUAU